AUGGCGGAACACAACAUUGUUGUUUUUGCGGGCGACCACUGCGGCCCAGAGGUUAUUGCCGAGGCAGUUAAGGUCAUCAGGACAGUUGAGAAGUUGAGCCCGACUGCUGGCAAGUUCAAUUUAGACGAACACUUGAUUGGAGGGAUCUCCAUCGACGAGACCGGCGUCCCCCUCACAGACAAGGCCCUCGCCGCGGCCAAAGCCGCCCACGCUGUGCUCCUCGGCGCCGUUGGCGGCCCGAAAUGGGGUGCCGGUGCCGUUCGCCCGGAACAGGGCCUCCUCAAGCUACGCAGUGAGAUGGAGGCCUACGGAAACCUCCGCCCUUGUUUCUUCCCGUCCGAGGCCCUCGUCGAAUACUCCCCCCUAAAGGCAGAGAUUUGCCGCGGCACCGACAUCAUGCUAGUCCGGGAGUUGACCUCAGGCCUAUAUUUCGGACAGCGGAAAGAGUUCGACGGAGUCGAUGCGUUCGACACGGCUAUUUAUACGAAACCAGAAGUCGAGCGUAUCGCGCGGAUGGGCGGCUUCCUGGCUAGGACUAGGGGGGAAACGCGGGUUAUCUCGCUAGAUAAGGCAAACGUGCUGGCGACAAGCAGACUCUGGCGUACCGUGGUUGAUGAGAUUUUCAAGAAUGAGUUCCCUGAACUCAAGGUUGAGCAUCAGCUUAUUGACAGCGCGGCCAUGAUCAUGGUCAAGAGCCCAACGAAGCUGAAUGGCGUUAUAAUAGCGCCCAACUUGGCAGGUGAUAUUCUCAGCGACGAGGCGAGUGCCAUUCCUGGAAGCAUAGGGCUCCUGCCGAGCGCCAGUCUCUGCGGGAUUCCAAGCGCUCCAGUGUCUUCUAUUUAUGAACCAAUUCAUGGGAGCGCUCCGGACAUUUCUGGGCAAGGCAUUGUCAACCCCAUCGGCACCAUCCUUUCCGUGGCCAUGAUGUUCCGGUACUCCCUGAACCUCGCUAAGGAGGCGAAACUCGUUGAGGACGCAGUCCGCGCUGCCAUCGACGGAGGGCUGAGAACUAAGGACAUGGGCGGGAGCACGCGCACUGCAGAAGCAGGAGAUGCGAUUGUUGCUGAGCUGGUUAAACUUCUCAAGGCAUGA